UCAUGCGACCUUUCGGGCGGAAGCGGAAGUUCCCGGUGAAUAAAGGUGGCUGUGUGUGAGUAAGGAAGCUACUGUGCCGGGAACAGAGAUGGCCGCCUUGGCCCCAUUACCCCCGCUGCCCCCGCAGUUUAAGAGCCUCCAGCAUCAUCUGAGGACAGCGCAGGAGCAUGACAAGCGGGACCCCGUGGUGGCCUACUACUGUCGUUUAUAUGCAAUGCAAACUGGAAUGAAAAUUGACAGUAAAACUCCUGAAUGCCGAAAAUUUUUAUCAAAGCUUAUGGAUCAGCUGGAAGCUCUUAAAAAACAGUUGGGUGAUAAUGAAGCUAUUACUCAAGAAAUAGUUGGUUGUGCCCACGUAGAGAGUUAUGCUUUGAAAAUGUUCCUUUAUGCAGACAAUGAAGAUCGUGCUGGGAGAUUUCACAAAAACAUGAUCAAGUCCUUCUAUACUGCAAGUCUUCUGAUAGAUGUCUUAACAGUAUUUGGAGAACUCACUGAUGAAAAUGUGAAACACAGAAAAUAUGCCAGAUGGAAGGCAACAUAUAUCCAUAACUGUCUAAAAAAUGGGGAAACUCCACAAGCUGGACCUGUUGGAAUGGAUGAAGAAAGCAAUGAUGAAGAAAAUGAAGAAGCUGGGACUUCUCCUCUACCCACUCACCCACCCCAACGGUCAUCUUCAGCAUAUGACCCAAGCAACAUGCCAUCAAGCAGCUAUACAGGAAUACAAAUUCCUCCAGGUGCUCAUGCACCAGCUAAUACACCAGCAGAAGUGCCUCAUAGCACAGGUGUAACAGGAAGCACCAUCCAACCCACUCCGCAGAAUAUUCCUGUUGUUGAUCCUGCCCUCUUCAGUACUAUGUCCAUAGGGGAUGUCCGCUUAACACCAGAGGAUUUUGCCAGAGCUCAGAAAUACUGCAAGUAUGCAGGCAGUGCUUUGCAAUAUGAAGAUGUAAGUACUGCUGUCCAGAAUCUACAGAAAGCCCUCAAGUUGCUGACUACAGGCAGAGAAUGAAGCCUUUGUCCAAAACAUUCAUGUAUUUUUGGCCUAAAGAACUAACACUCCAUUACGCUGUCUUCAGCCCACCAGGAACACAAUAAUGAGAAAGGCUCCAGUUCCACUGAACAUGACAAUAAAACCUGUGUUUAUGUAUCCGGUUCCUGCUAUAGUCUUCAUCAGCAGCUUCAACCAGCUUUUAUUUCACACUCAUGGAACCAGUCGUGUUUGGGUCCAGUGGGCUGAUGUUAGUGAGAUAUUUGAAAAGGCACAAGGAACUGUUGGAAACAAUGAAAACAGAAAUUUCAAUAAAAUCUAUUUAUACUGGGAAUAACUUUAGUAGCUCAAUUUACAUAUAUUAUUAAGGAAAAGAAAAGCAUCUACAGAGGGUAGACAGCCAUAAUGCAGUCUUACUAUAUUAAUCCGAAUUUGAAUUUAACUUAAAGUAUUCCAAAAGACAUUCUGAAUCAGAGAUCAUAUUUGAAUUUCACCUCAAGAAUUUUUUGGUGAAAAUCAUUGGAUAAUCAGCAAAUGAUCAUUUUGAAAACUCAGUUUAUGUUCAUGCUAAUACCACCAGAUUAAAGACAGUAAAAUUUCUUGACAAGAAAUAGAAUAAAAAGGUAAGCACAAUAAGUGCUCAGUGAAUAUUUGUUUUAAUUUAAAUAAUGCAGGUUUUAAAACUGCUUGGUUUUAUAUAUUGACUUUUGGAGCAAAUUAGUAUGACUUUCUUUCCAUAGGCAAUUUAAUUUUAUAUUUUCCACAGAAUGAAAAGGCAUUAGUACUACUGUCUGAGAAUUUGGCCCUUUGAAUUAAGAUACUCAAAUGCUACCAGUGAAGUCUGUAGAUUUUAUAACUUGAUCUUGGAGUUUGGAACUGUUUAGUGUGUAAGUUUUCUUCUUGGGGAUUAUGGUGUUAUUGUGUUAUACCUGCAUCCAUAUUAUGUAAGAAAUAAAAACAAAAAAAGAUUCUUUUAACUAGCAUAACUUAUUAAAUGAGCCCAAUGUCUGUUUUGUACCAUUUAUUAUAAUAAACAUGUUUAAAAUAACAUAUUUUAGUUCAGAAAUACAAAUAUAAAAAAUAGAAUCAUGAUUAGUUUAUAAAAUUGAACAAAUUUAGCAAACAGUACCUCCAAACUAGUUGAUAUACUUAAUAGAUCCUAUUCAGAUUGCAAGUUCUGCCAAAUAAUUUGUUUGACAGCUUAUCUGAAUAAUAGCUUCCAGUUGUGUUUUCAUAAGUAUUUUGGGUAGCUAUGUAUAAUCCCAAAGAGUUUGUCUGUGUAGCAUACAUUUUAUACUUUAAGAAUAAACUAUUCUAAGGCAUAAUAGAAAACUUAAUUGUUUUUUCACCCAACAUCCCCAUCUCUAUGUUUCAAAACAAUUGGAUUUUUCAGUCUUAAAUAAGAUAUUGAAUUUUUGUAGGUGUAUUUAAGACCCUGAAAUACCAAAAGAAUAAAAAAUGCCUAUUGCCUAAACCAGUAGGUAUUUGCACAGACAACCCGUAGAACAUUUAUAUUGGUUCAUAUAUCUUGGACAAACAUAGAAAAUAGACAAUGAACUGGGCUUAAAACUAAACACGAGGAGAUGAUCUCGCAUGAAUUCCAUUAGGAAAUGGCAGUUUUCUAACAAUACCACAUUUCUCCCUGAAAAAAAAUCCAUAUUUUCAAUUUCAGUAUUGUAUGUGUUAAGGGCUAAAAUUCUAGCUAAACUGUCUAAAAU